AUGACUUGACUGUGAAUCUCUAAAGCGCGGAUAGUUUAGCCGCAGUCGCGAAACGUCCCCGUGUAAAACUUGUGGACCUGGGGUGGGAGCGUUCAGUUGCCUCAUUUUAAUUUGAACUACGGAAGUGGUGGACGUAUGGGACCUCCAGAACCUUUUUAUCCUCUUUGACUGGGACCAGGUAAUGUAGCUAGCAAUGCGUGGCCCCUUAAACUGGUUUAAUCUUGCAGCUAUUUCUAAACGGGGAACGCUGAACGCUUUAUGCUGGGCAGAAUUCGAUACUAGCUUUUUGAUGACUGACUAACCUGACUGAAAUGGACCAGGAGGAGUUCGAGGAUUCACCUGGGCAGUGGCAAAAUCUUUACAAUAAAAUUAAUCAUCAGUCGCAAGAGUGUUCUUUCAAAGUGGCAAAGUUUCCUGAAAAUCGGAACAGGAACAGAUACAGGGAUGUCAGCCCAUAUGAUCACAGUCGGGUGAAAUUAGAAAAUUCAGAAAAUGACUACAUCAAUGCAAGCCUGGUAACCAUGGAGGAUGCCCAAAGGAGCUACAUACUGACACAGGGCCCUUUGAGGAAUACUUGUGGUCACUUUUGGUUAAUGAUCUGGGAACAGCGGUCUAAAGCGGUCAUCAUGCUCAACAGAGUAAUAGAGAAAGAAUCAGAGAAAUGUGCACAGUACUGGCCCUCUAAAGACGAGCGACAGAUGAACUUCAGUGACACGGGGUUUGUGGUGACUCUGCUGUCUGAAGACAUCAAAUCUUAUUACACAAUAAGAGUGCUGAAGCUUCAGUACACCAAAGCUGAAGAGAGCAGAAACAUCUACCACUUUCAUUAUACCUCUUGGCCGGACUUUGGUGUGCCCGAGUCCCCUGCGUCUUUCCUCGAUUUCUUGUUCAAAGUUCGAGAAUCCGGCUCGCUGGAGCCUGAAAACGGCCCAGCUGUAGUCCACUGCAGUGCAGGGAUUGGACGUUCAGGGACAUUCUCAUUGGUCGAUACCUGCCUUGUCCUGAUGGAUAAGAGGAAGGACCCUUCAUCUGUGGAUAUGCAGAAAGUCCUUUUGGGCAUGAGGGAAUAUCGCAUGGGUCUGAUCCAAACCCCAGACCAGCUUCGUUUCUCUUACAUGGCUAUCAUGGAAGGGGCCAGAUGCAUCUUGGAGGACUCAGCUCUGCAGGAACAGUGGCAGAAACUGUCUAAAGAGGACAAAAAGCCAGAGACUGACCUGGGGUCUGUUCCCGAUGACACAGCAAGACCCCCAGAUAAACUGAAUGGACAGAUGGAAGAACGAAGAGAAGGCGAUCAGAUGGAGGUGCUAAAGGAAGAACAGCAAAUGGAGAUAAAUCCAGAAAGGUUGCGUAAGCGGCAUCGUGAUGAAAGGAUAGCCAACACAGCACAGAAACUUCAUCAGAUGAAACAGAAGCUGAGUGAAGCAGAGAAGAAGAGGGAGAGCUGGCUCUACUGGAGACCCAUUCUCCUAAAUGUGGGAGCAGGAGCUGCUCUUGCUCUGGGACUGGUCCUGUGCUGGACUUUUCUCUCCCAAUGACACAAUGUCACCACACAGACAUUUUUCCACUCUGACUUUUUAUUUCACUGUGGGAUGCAGGUCAAAGUGCUAUCUGACAAUGAUAUACUUGGAUACUUAGACGUUCCUUGCCUGAGGGGUAAUUUUUGCUGCAAAGAUUUAUAAUGGGACAAUCUGCUUGAUUCCUUGAAUGCUUUAUUUACAGUAAUUACUUUAGUAAUUCCACUAUUGUUCAAACACUCAACUUUGGGUAAAUUAAUGUAUAGGGUAUAGAAAUGUGAUCAGUUAGGACAUUAAGAAAAAUGGCUGUUAGUUACAGGAAGGCUUUGUUUCAUCAAAAUCUGGUUUGGUAAAUCACUCCCUGGGCAUUGGAUAAGUGAUAUAUUUUGGUUUGGCUCACUGGUGGAAGGUAUUCCUUUAAGUUUGUCAGAAAGCUAGAACUGGUUUCCGUAUAAGAUCUUUACAUUCACAUCUCAGGAGUUUUUAGUAAAAGACACCAAAUUUAAAUGGUGUGUCAAAUCCAAAUUUGAAAUGAUGUAUAUAGCUAGUAAAGACUUGUGCUGAACAAGAAUUUCUUUGUCUGUUUAUCUCAAUUAUGAGAUUUCUUGCUAAAGCCAGGCUGGAGGGUGUUUUAGUGUACUUUGUGUGCUUAAAUAUUUAGCUUGAAAGAACAAACUGCAUGCUUAGGAAUAGGACUGGAGAACUUUUUUUUUUUUUUUUUUUUUUACCAUUGUACUCAAACUUUCAUCACCAAAGCUGGAAGCAAUUGUAUCAUUGUCAUUAUUGUAUAUUGGUAAACAUGGUAGUGCCCCUGAACCACUUAGUUCUCAAGUUAUGGAAACACUUGACUGAUGCAUGCAAGAAAGACUACAAAUAGAUGGUAAAACUUUGUAAAUGUUAUUCUCUAUCUUCCAAAAGGGUCCGUCUGGUCAUAAAUACUGUAGGUUGGGGCUGUUUUGAGUAGAGGCUAUAAAGCGAGGUCUAGAUGUUAUUUCUUUCCGGGAGGGAUGUUGUCAGUGCUCAAAACUAAUUGAUUUAGCUCUGAAUUAGUAAAAAUCAAUGUGGGCCAAAUUGAAUGCUUUCUAUAGCCAUAGUUCCUGGAACUGAUCCAAUAUUUCCAGAAGUGGCUACUGAUGGCAUGG